AUGAUGCAAAGUGCGGCGGUCCUACCGACAGAGAGUCCUGUAAAGAGUUUACCGGAGAUUCUCGGAGUGCCACUGCAACAGAUCCCUCAGUGUGCCGGCUGUAGUCAGCACAUCCUGGACAAGUUCAUCCUGAAGGUGCUGGACAGACACUGGCACUCCAAGUGCCUCAAGUGCGCCGACUGUCAGACUCCGCUGGCGGAUAAAUGCUUCUCCCGGGCAGGAAGCGUCUACUGCAAGGAGGAUUUCUUCAAGCGUUUUGGAACAAAAUGUGCAUCAUGCCAACAGGGGAUCCCUCCAACGCAGGUUGUGAGGAAGGCACAGGACUUUGUGUAUCACCUGCACUGCUUUGCCUGCAUCAUGUGCAGCCGGCAACUGGCCACUGGGGACGAGUUUUACCUCAUGGAGGAUGGGAGGCUGGUGUGCAAGGUGGAUUAUGAGACUGCAAAACAAAACGAUGAUUCAGAGGCGGGGACCAAGCGACCGAGGACCACCAUCACGGCCAAGCAGCUAGAGACCCUCAAAAGUGCCUACAAAAACUCACCGAAGCCGGCACGCCACGUCAGAGAGCAGCUGUCCUCGGAGACGGGGCUGGACAUGAGAGUAGUGCAGGUGUGGUUCCAGAACCGGCGAGCAAAGGAAAAGCGUCUGAAGAAAGACGCAGGACGACAUCGCUGGACUCAGUUUUAUAAAAGUGUCAAACGCAGCCGAGGAGGAACUAAAGUGGAGAAGGAAAGCUCGGCCGAUGACGCGGGACUCAGUGACAGUGAACUGAGCUUCAGAGAUGACCAGGUCCUGUCAGAUCUCGGCCACGCCAACGGGCUUUAUGGGAGCGUUGGUGACGUGACCAACAGCGCGGUGCUGAACGGCAGCUUCUCUGUCGACGCAGCGGGACAACCCUACCACGACAUCCGAGCAGGAAGCCCCUAUGGUCUCCCUCAGUCGCCCUCCUCCAUCACCUCUCUGCCCGGCCACACCCCUCUCCUCAACAACCUGGGCUUCAACAUGGACAGUCUGGUGGUGCAGGGCGGGCCGGGCGGCGUGGGACAGGCCCUAAGAGCCAUGGCAGGGGGCCCGACUUCAGACCUCUCCACAGGCAGCAGUACAGGAUACCCCGACUUCCCCACCAGCCCUGCCUCAUGGCUGGACGAGAUGGACCAUUCCCAGUUUUGA